AUGGCGCUCAGGCUCCAGAGCAAUCUUUUAUACGGUGUCUCAAGAGUAUACAGCCAGCAAUGCGGAUACACCCUCCUUGACGUCCAGGCAAUGCACGAUAAGAUGAGAACAAUGCUCAGGUCUGUUGCAGCUCGUGGCUUGGAUCCCUCUGCAGGGAAAGCAAGACCGGACCAGCUGAUCCUUCCAUACGAUCCCACGUUCCUACCGGAGAACAACCUCCCCGGGCUGGCGAUCGACUUCUCAAAACUGACCCAGCUUCUCGAAGCGACUGAAAGUCAACAAUCCAGCUUUCUGCCUGGAACUCCGGACCUCAGCCAGUCUGCGAUCUCAAGUAACUCGAGUCUCCGCUUGAGUUUUGGUUCCGAUGACAAUAAUAUCCCAGGCAACAUUGGCGGAUUCAGUUCUGAAGCUGAUAUUGGCAGCUCUGUCCAAGGGGGAUUGAAUCUUGCAGGCUUGAUGGGCUCUAGUCUCGGUGAGGAUGGAGGUGUGCUCCUACAGCCUGACUUUGAGUUUGAUGAGGAUGGAAAUAUCAUUGAGCUCGGCACAAGACAUCAGAGCGAGGCGAGGACAGUUAAACGCGGAAGUGAGAUGAGAGAGAAUGAGACCACCAACUUUACGUUUGGCGAUCAGCCUAUUUUUGCCGAUGAAGACGUCGAAAUGGCGAUACCAGACCAGCCUCGCCAACCUACUCAGCAACCCAUACCAUCAGUUGAGCAAGGCUCUCCAGCCCCCGAGGCGGAAAACACGGGCGAUCGCGACCAGGUGACAAUGCCUCAGCGAUACAGAGCCCCUAAGCUUCUCCCUUCAGAUGGGCAAACCGCAUUGCGCAGCUUCGAACUAAGCAAGAUGAACACCGAUUACAUGCAAAACAUGGCCGUGGCCUCUAGACAGAAGCAAAACAACAGGAUACCGACGCAGGCGAAGAAGAAUGCAGCGUACUGGGUCUUUGGCAUUGGGAUUGGCUGUGUAGGUUCAGGCGUGGGAAUCUCCCGCGCUGUGCACCCAUUGCAUUUCUUCUCUGGCGAUGAGCUGCGCGAGGCUCUCGCUCCCAACCUAGCUGGCCGUAAACGUCGCGCAGAAGAUGACGAAGAGUCUGAAGGUCGUCGUGUACGAGCAAGGGAGGAAGAGGAUGACAAUAUGGGAAUGGCAGGGCUUGGGGACGGCAACAAUCUAUGCAACGAGGAUGUCGAACUUGGCCGUCGCGCCUCGCCAGCACUCCAGGACGACCACUCUUCGCAAAUGCCCUGGAACAUUACCGCCUCUAUCCAGAGCUCCCACCACGAGACGUCUGCGAAUAACUUCCGUGGCUUCGGGAGCGUUAGCGAUUUCUCAUCUCGCGGGGUUUCCGAGUCUGCUGGCGCGCUCGCUAGUGAUGGUGCUCUCGGUCUCCCGCGAAGAGGGCACAGCCGUCUAACCAGCGCAAGCCCUCUCGCCGGACGCGGACUUCCCUACGACAUCAACCAACUCAACGGCCUCUCGAUGCCCGGGCAGGAUGAUGACUUGGAGGGUUUUGAUCUGACUCAAUAUCUCGAGGACGAUGCUAUGGCGGACAGCCAUUCAAUCGGAGAUGCUCCGGGCCCAUCGUACACAAGCCAGCCCAAGCUCCAGAAUAGUCUCGCGGAAUCCGUCAUGGAUCAGCAAAGUCUUAACUUCCUGGAAUUUGUAGCUGCAAAGAUCAACGCCUCAAAGCCGGAUACAGGGGCCCAGGGUUCGUCGGCUGACAAUGAGAUCACAUUUUCGACUCUUUUACCCCCGCACAAAACUUCCCACAACGUCGCGACACAGGGUUUCAUGCAUAUCCUUGCACUUACUACGAAGGGCUUUCUUUCCAUCUGCCAAGACGCAUACGUGGAUCAGAGUAGCGAGGAGCAUGGUGUUCGCUACGAGUACGGUGAGAUCUCCAUGCGCUUGGUUCAGAUGUAG